AUGAGUUUGAACACAGAUAGACUCCCUGUAGGCAAGAAAAAAGAAGUCGACCUGGCUGAUGCGUAUUCAGAACCUGCCAAUUUUCUCGAAAUAGAAGUGCGCGACUCGAAGACGCACGAGUUUGGCAGGAAACGGUUCACUGAUUACGAGGUGAAGCUGAAUACGAAUCUGCCCAUUUUCAAGAAGAAGGAGUUGUCUGUCAGACGACGCUACUCGGACUUUGAGUGGCUCAGGAAUGAACUCGAACGAGACAGCAAGGUAGUUGUCCCCUCCCUCCCCGGAAAGGCGCUGAAUCGGCUCCUACCCUUCCGCAACGACGACGGAAUAUUUGACCCGGGUUUCAUCGAAGUAAGACGCCAAGGACUCGAAGUUUUCAUCAACAAAAUCGCGGGCCACCCUCUCGCCCAAAACGAGCGCUCCCUCCACCAAUUCCUUCAAGAAACAGUCAUCGACAAAAAUUAUACUCCUGGAAAGAUGCGUCCUUCUUGA